GCAAGACCCAAGCAGAGGGGAUGAACGCCUCUUCAGUUUUCAGUAUGCUUGUCUCUCCAGAACAAGAAGAGAGGACUCAUAGGAGGCCCAAACAUCCCUCCUCUCGCCCUCACGCUCUCCACCUACGCCUCUUGCUACUAGCAGUGCUGAUGGCGGCAUUGAUGGUUGCUAUUGCCUCAUUUUUCCGCGGCUCUGCUCACAUUAAUACCCUGAAGUUUGAUAUUGAUUCGUCGGAAAACAGCAGCAAAUUCCUUGUAAAGGGAAAGCCAGCCCCACCGCAAUUCCCAUUCCCCUCAAGUUUUAGCAGUGCAGAUGCAGCACCUCCACCUUCAAUAACCAAGACAAUUGCUAAUAAGGUAGACAUAGAAUUGGGUCCUUAUCAUAACUGGCAACUCUUUGCUCUAGAUUUUCAGGAAAUGAUGCGCAGUUUUAAGAUUUAUGUUUAUCCUGAUGCCUUCAUGAACCAGUCUCAUUCCAAGUCUUCUCCAUUCUCUCCCAUCUUCCUCCCGCACCCAGAUCCAUUCCAUACGGGACUAGGAAAUUACUUCAGCGAACACAUGUUUAAGGUGGCUCUUCUUCGGAGUUCCCUCAUUACGCGCCAUCCGGAGGAAGCCCAUCUCUUUUUCUUGCCCUUUUCCAUCAACCUUCUGCGGAACGACCCUCGUGUCUACUCCGAGGCAUCCAUCUCUGAAUUUGUCACCCAAUACACCACCAGGGUUCGCCGUGAUUUCAAAUUCUGGAAUGCCUCUGCCGGUGCUGACCACUUCUAUGUAUACUGUCAUUCCGUUGGUCGAGAGGCCGCCUCUAAGCUUCAUGAUUUGUAUAACAAUGCCAUCCAGGUAACUUGCUCAUCCAGCUACUUCCAGAGAUACUAUGUUUCCCACAAAGAUGUGGGCUUGCCGCAGGUUUGGCCUCGCCCACAUGAGAAAGCUCUCACUCCCCCGGAUGCGAGACAUAAACUUGUUUACUUUUCUGGACGUAUCCAAAACUCUCGUAUUCGGCAAGAGCUGAUAGCUUUAUGGGGAAAUGAUUCUUAUGUGGACGUUUUCUCUGGGAGUCCACCUUUCUCAUAUGAAGAAGGGUUUAGGCGAAGCAAGUAUUGCCUCCAUGUUAAAGGUUAUGAGGUGAACACUGCUAGGGUAAGUGAUGCUAUACAUUAUGGAUGCAUUCCCGUUAUUAUUUCAAACUACUAUGAGCUUCCAUUUGCUAAUGUUUUGGACUGGAGCAAGUUUUCGGUUAUUAUCAACCAACGAGAGAUAGCUCUCACCAAGAACAAACUGCUGUCAAUAACAACACCAAAGUACCUAAAUAUGUUUCGUAAUCUGUGCCAAGUUCGGAAACAUUUUUGUUGGAAUAAAACACCGAGGGGUUUUGAUUCCUUCCAUAUGACUGCUUACCAAUUGUGGCUGAGAAGAAACAUAAAUCGGCCAUUCCGUUAAUUCUCCUUGUUAGCUCAGGUGUUGAUUUGCACUAUAAAUACUUGAGGCUGGCCUUUUUGCGUUUCAAUGGGCUCCAUGCCGGUGGUAACAUUAGGGUCAUGCGGUUUAGACUUCAGUAUGCUCUGUUGGUCUGUGUAUAUAUAGCACUAGCAUAAUAUCCUCUGGAUAAUAUCAUGGGACGCAUUACUUGAAAGAUCUUUGAUCUUGCUAUUUUAGCUGCCGAUGGCAUAUUCAGUUGGUGCAUGGCUUAAUCUAA